CAAAAAAUAGAAAAUGUCUGGAUCCCUGUGAAUUUGCAUAGCUGCAUUUUGAAAUAUUUUCCUAAUGGCUGUGAUUUUAUGUUUUUCUUAUCUACAGGAUUCCUCCUACUUCAUUCUCAUUCUAGGUAGGUAGAACAGGUUUCAAUUUGUAGAUUAGGAAAGAAGUACCGAAAAGUUGAGAUCUCAUACCUAGUGGUAGAAAUGCAAUUUAGAAGCCAGAUCACUGGACUCCUAUUUAGUUCUCUUUCCUUAAUAUCACAAAGUGAUCCUAUUCUGGCUUAAAAUAUAACCCUCUUGGCAAUUGAUUGCUUUAAAUUUCAUACUAUGACUUUUUUUAGACUCCUCUUUUCUCUAAGGACCUGACAAUGUCUGUGUAUUGUGGAAUAGCUUGCAGGAGAAAAUCUUUUUGGUGCUAUAGGCUGCUGUCAACCUACGUGACUAAGACACGGUAUUUAUUUGAACUGAAGGAAGAUGAUGAUGCAUGUAAACAAGCCCAGCAGACAGGAGCAUUUUACCUCUUUCAUACCCUGGCUCCUUUGCUUCAGACUUCAGCACAUCGAUACUUGGCCCCUCGGCAUAGCUUGUUAGAGUUGAAAGGGCUCCUGGGUAAAUUUGGACAGGAUGCACAAAGAAUAGAAGAUUCUGUGCUCAUUGGAUGCUCUGAACAGCAUGAAGCAUGGUUUGCUCUGGAUCUAGGUCUGGACAGCUCCUCUUCCCUAAGUGCCUCCUUACAGAAACCUGAAAUGGAGGCAAAGCUCAAGGGGUCUUUCAUUGAGCUGAGAAAGGCUCUUUUUCACCUGGAUGUGAAGGAUGCCUCCUUGCUUUUCACGGCUCAGGCUCUUCUCCAUUGGCAUCAUACACACCAGUUCUGCAGCAGAAGUGGGCAGCCCACCAAGAAGAACACGGCUGGCAGCAAGCGUGUGUGCCCUUCCAAUAAUAUCAUCUAUUACCCACAGGUGGCUCCUGUGGUGAUCACUCUGGUGUCAGAUGGGACCCGAUGCCUGCUUGUCCGUCAGAGCUCCUUUCCCAAGGGAAUGUAUUCUGCCUUGGCAGGUUUUUGUGAUAUAGGUGAAAGUCUGGAAGAGACUGUCCGGCGGGAAGUUGCAGAAGAGGUGGGAUUGGAGGUGGAAAGUCUGCAGUACUCUGCAUCCCAGCACUGGCCCUUUCCCAAUAGCUCACUCAUGAUUGCUUGUCAUGCAACUGUGAAACCAGGGCAGACAGAGAUCCACGUGAACUUGAGAGAAUUAGAGGCAGCUGCCUGGUUUAGUCAUGACGAGGUGGCCACAGCCCUAAGGAGGAAAGGCCCGUAUACUGAGCAACAGAAUGAGACUUUCCCAUUCUGGCUGCCCCCCAAAUUAGCCAUUGCCCACCAACUGAUUAAGGAGUGGGUAGAAAAACAGACCCGUUCUUCUCUGCCUGCUUAGCCCAGAUCAAGUCACCUAGAUCCUCUCCUCGGUAUGCCUGAGGGGCAUACCAGAGAUCGACUGACAAAGGGGAAGUGCCAAAGGCCAGCUCCAGGCCAACCUCAUAAGGCAGAGCAGAAGGUGAGCCUACAGUGGGACACUUCUAUCAGUAGUGUCAAUGAAAGAAGUUCCUACUAAUGAGCAAUCAAAAAUGCCAGUGUGAGAAGAAAAACUGAUGAGAUGUCAACCAUCACAAUUAGAGGGAAGGCCGGGUAUGGUGGCUCAUGCCUGUAAUCCUAGCACUUUGGGAGACUGAGGCAGGAGGAUCGCUUGAGCUUAUGAG